CAAUUAAAUUAUCGUAUUAUUGAUAAGAGUCAAAAUGGCAAGUGACUGCAUUAACUGAUAAUCAGAAGCGCCCAGGCCUUUAUAAAGUCAAAUUUCGCACAAGGUGUCAUCAUUCAUUUUUUUGAGAUACUACCUUGAGUUCGAGAACUUUCUGCAGUUGAACUAUGAAAUUCUUCGCUUUAUUCGCUCUUUUUGCUGUUGCUGCAGCAAAACACACACUAUUCGACCCAGAUCUGAAUGAACACUGGGAAAAUUUCAAGAAAGUGUUUGGAAAAUCUUACAAUGGAAAGGAAGAAGUGGCCAGGCGUCUGCUCUGGGAACAGCGCGUUACUGAUAUCAUCCGACACAACCUCCGAUAUGACCUGGGUAUCCACUCCUUCAGAAAAGGCAUCAAUGAGUUCUCAGAUAUGGAGCACAAUGAAUUUGUGAGAACCUUCAACGGUUAUCGCCGUCAGAUCGGCAAACCAAGCAACGGAAGCCACUGGGUUCCUCUUUCCAAUGUCGAGCUCCCUGAUAAGGUUGACUGGAGAGACCAGGGACUUGUAACUGACGUGAAAAACCAGCAACAAUGUGGUUCCUGCUGGGCCUUCUCUACCACUGGCUCGCUGGAAGGUCAGCACAAGAAGAAGACCGGCAAACUGGUUUCCCUCAGCGAACAGAAUUUGGUCGACUGCUCUGGACCAGAAGGAAAUCAAGGAUGCGAAGGAGGUUUGAUGGACCAAGCUUUUGAAUACAUCAAGAAAAACAACGGUAUUGACACUGAAGACUCCUACCCAUACACCGCUGAAGAUGGAAAUUGCCAAUUCAAUCCUGAUUCCGUUGGAGCAACAGUCACUGGUUACGUUGACAUUCCAACUGGCGAUGAAGACGCUCUGAAAGAAGCAGUUGCCACCAUUGGACCCAUCUCAGUUGCCAUUGACGCCAGCCACGACAGUUUCCAAUCCUACCAAGACGGAGUUUAUGACGAGCCUGAAUGCAGCUCUGAACAACUCGACCACGGUGUUCUUAUUGUAGGUUACGGAUCUGAAGACGGAUCUGAUUAUUGGCUUGUGAAGAACAGCUGGGGACCAAGCUGGGGCAUUAGAGGAUACAUUAAGAUGGCCCGAAACAAGAACAACCAAUGUGGCAUUGCAACCCAAGCCAGCUAUCCACUCGUCUAAUCAGCUCAACAUACCGCCUGUGAUUUCUAAGUCAUAUUCUAGGGACAUUUUUUUAUUCUUAUAUGUACAGUUUUCAUUAAGAAUCUGCAUAUGUUUGGAAAUAAAUCUUUGUUGAAAACAUGUUUUAAUAAAAAAAAAAUUAUAUUUCUAA